AUGGGAUCCAAGACACCCUUCUUUUAUACAGAGAGUGAAUCAGAAAGUGAAGAGGAUGCAACUGCAACACGAGCUACCAAGCGGGACUUGCUGAAGGAGGCUCUGCUGCCAAUAGCUUCGACACAGCAGCUAUCGGAUAGCACCAUAGAUACCAUCCUCCGUCUCAUCACCGAACAGACACCUGCUUCUGUAGCGCAGACAUCUGAAGUGCCAACUCCAAACAGCAUAACAACGCCAGCAAUCGUCGAUGAAGAGAAAGAAACAGGGGAAUUAGCAUACAUCACACGUCAGUUCCUCGAUACAGAUGCCGAAUCUCAGUCAACAACUCCCAACCGAAUCCGGAAUGUCUCACACCGACCUCAUCAUAAACGAUCAUAUUCAAAUCCCGAACUAUACAUGCUAUCCUCACUAAGUAAUACUCCAAUGCCACACGGGCAGCUCCCCUCAUUGUACUCCGCGCAAUCAUCUAUAUCGUCUAUCCGCACCUCAACACGUAAUCUAUUGACUCCUCAGCAAUUUGCCUACAAGACGAAACUAGCCGGGAAGACACAUGUAGAAGACCGCUUUUCUCGCUCUCGCUCCGAGAAUGUAUCGAAUUCAUCCAUGUUUGGAGGAUCUACUACGAGUCAGCAGGUACCUACCUGUAGAAUAUGUCUAGGAGAUGAUCGUCCACAGAAUCUGUUUAGGCCGUGUAGGUGUGAUGGUAGUCAAAGACUGGUACAUUUAGAUUGCUUGAAUAGGUGGAGGCGUAUGUCUCCUACGCCAUUAUCUCGCUUCCAAUGCGAUAUAUGUAAAUCAUACUACAAGUUUAAGGGUGGCACUGGUGAAAAGCUCUUUGGUGAAAAAGUCACGCUCAUCGUCAACAUAACAGCCCUCUUCUCGUCAUUCAUCCCAUUCCCGGCCGUACCACCAACAGUAAUAAUACCACCUGGAGUCAUAACACGCCGUCUACGAGAACACUUGAUCCCAUGUCUCUUCUUCCUGCGAGGAUAUAAACCAGUCUCGGAUUCUCUCUUCACUAUGGUCAUCAUACUCUAUAAUGCUCUGUCCUGGUUUGCUCAAAAGUCACAUCCUGCUGCUCUGGCGGUGGAUAUACUGUGGUUUGGGCUGGUUAUAGUAGGGACGAUUGUAACUGCCAUUGCUACGCAUGCUCGAGUUGCUACCAUGGCUCCUCGUCUGUUGGGACUGCUGGUGGAUGUCAAUGAUGAGGCCCGUGAAGUGAUUGCCGGUUAA